UUCCAGGAAGCUGCAGCGAGUAGGGCUAAGGGCGGGACUAACGUGGAGCUUCAUGUACACCACAACCUUACCGGCAAUUGCCACCCUGUUUCAUCUUUAAAAUAAGCAUUUCUAGUUAGCGGAUUGCGGCAGUGCCUCGACUACCAUGGCGACGGAUAUAACACAAGGUUUGGACCAAGUUUCUGUUGGUGAGCUGUAUGUGUCGGACAAAUGUGGCAACGACCAGGAUGGAGACGGCUCUGAGCAGAAACCCUUCAAAACUCCUCUCAAGGCUCUGCUCUUCAUUGGUGGUGAACCAUUCCCUAUCAUCUAUGUAGACUCACAGAAAGAGGAAGAGCGCUGGGCAGUGAUCUCCAAGACGCAAAUGAAGAACGCAAAGAAGGCUUUUAACCGAGAGCAGGCCAAGAAUGAAUCCAAGGAAAAGAAGGAGGCAGAAGACAAUGAGAGGAGAGAGAAGAACCUGGAAGAUGCCAAGAAAAUCAUUCUUGAAAAGGACACCAGUUUGCCCGACCCAGAAACGGUUAAAAUCCAUCUUUUGGGCACAAAGCGAGGUCAGAGAGUCAAAGUGUUUGGAUGGGUUCAUCGCCUCAGGAGGCAAGGGAAGAAUUUGAUGUUUAUGGUGCUGAGAGAUGGAACCGGUUUCCUCCAGUGUGUCCUGUCUGAUAAACUGUGCCAGUGCUAUAACGGCUUGGUGUUGUCCACGGAGAGUACUGUAGCUCUGUAUGGCACCGUGACGCCUGUUCCUGAAGGAAAACAGGCACCAGGAGGCCACGAGCUCCACUGUGACUUCUGGGAGCUGAUUGGCUUGGCACCGGCGGGCGGGGCCGACAACCUUCUGAACGAAGAGUCCGAUGUGGACGUCCAACUGAACAACCGACACAUGCUGAUCAGAGGAGAGAACGUCUCCAAGAUCCUCAGGGUCCGCUCCACGGUUACGCAGUGCUUCAGGGACCACUUCUUCAACCGCGGGUACUACGAGGUUACUCCUCCAACUUUGGUGCAGACUCAGGUGGAGGGCGGCUCCACGCUGUUUAACCUCAACUACUUUGGCGAGCAGGCAUAUCUGACGCAGUCGUCCCAGCUUUACUUGGAGACGUGCAUACCUGCACUGGGUGACAGCUUCUGCAUCGCUCAGUCGUACCGAGCCGAGCAGUCCCGGACCCGCAGGCACCUUUCUGAGUACACUCACAUUGAGGCGGAGUGUCCCUUCAUAACAUUUGAGGAUCUUCUGGACAGACUGGAGGACUUGGUGUGUGAUGUUGUGGACCGAGUUCUGAAAUCUCCUGCUGCACAACUGCUCUAUGACAUCAACCCGAACUUCAAACCCCCUAAGAAGCCAUUCAAGAGGAUGAACUACUCUGAAGCCAUUGAGUGGCUCAAACAACAUGAUGUCAAGAAGGACGAUGGCACCUACUACGAGUUUGGAGAGGACAUCCCCGAGGCCCCGGAGAGGCUGAUGACCGACACCAUCAAUGAAACCAUUCUUCUUUGUCGUUUCCCAGCUGAGAUCAAAUCCUUCUACAUGCAGCGCUGCUCUGACGACAAACGUCUCACAGAGUCGGUUGAUGUUUUGAUGCCAAAUGUGGGUGAGAUAGUGGGAGGCUCAAUGCGUAUCUGGGACUCUGAUGAGCUGCUGGAAGGCUACAAGAGGGAGGGCAUCGACCCGACUCCAUACUACUGGUACACAGAUCAGAGAAAGUAUGGCACGUGCCCUCAUGGUGGUUAUGGUCUUGGCUUGGAGCGCUUCCUCACCUGGCUGUUGAACAGACAUCACAUUAGAGACGUCUGCCUUUACCCACGAUUCAUCCAACGCUGCCGACCCUAAACACACACACACACUCACACUCACACUCUUUCCAGAUCUCGCAUGUGGCACCAUCAUGUGAUCUCCUCUAUUGACUUGUAUACUGCAGAAUUAAAUGUUUGUCCCAUGUC